GCCAGGGACCUGGUCCCAUAUAACAUAAAGCCCUAAUAUAUUUUUUGUGUCCCAUAAAACCCUAAUUGAAAUUUAAUUUCCCAGUCUUCUUCCCAAAAUCAAUUGCGUCUCGACUGUGCCGCUCAUCUCACUGCAGUACCUGGGACAUGGAGACUUCUGUUGAUUUGAGAGACGGGGACAGGGACAGGGACGGAUUAAUGAGUCUAAAUGUCAACGAUAGCAACACUUUCAUGUUGCCAGGAAAGAAGAACAGUGCAAAAAAGAUGAAGGUCUCUGGAUAUCAGAAGAAGAAGAACAGAAUUCCUGAGCCAAGCAAGUCCCAGAAAAGAAAGCUAAAAAAACUUCAGGAGGACAAGGAGAAGGAACUUCUCUUAUCAAAAAGUAUGGAGACUUUGGAGAAGUACAAAAUUGGAGAUGUUGCACAAUCACUUAUGUUGUCAUCAAAGAAUCUGGGCCAGGUUGAAACUUUUCAAGAGAAACGCAGGAGGGAAGUACAAUUUUGUAAGGCUGGACUUCAGUUGCCAGCUAAUAAUCGACCAAUCAAGCGAAAAACUUAUGAUUGUACCUCUGAAUUUGAAUCAGAAACAAAAAAACUGCAUUUAACAGAUGUCUGCAAUGUCAGUACCUUUACCUAUUCAUUGAUAGGUGACAAAGAAUCGAAGCACGAUGAUAGUACUAUUCUUGGCAGCCUUGUUGAUGAUGGUAGACAAUUAAAAGCCCCCGUCCCAACUAAAGAAACUUACCAUGAGAAUAGUGUGAUCCCAGUGCCAUCAAAUGAUCAGAAUGCAUUACCCAGUACUGUUUCUAGUUUGCCAAAAGUGGAAAAAAAUAUUGAUAGAAGAAAUGAAUAUCCAACAGGGCAUCUUGGCAAAAUCAGUAAUCUGGUCAAUGGGAACUCAGCUGGAGUUCGAGCUGCCCCUAUAGUAGUUCAUGUGUCAAGACCAAUGGAGAUUGAAAAUACAAGAAAAGACCUUCCAAUUGUCAUGAUGGAACAGGAGAUAAUGGAAGCUAUCAAUGAAAAUAUUAGUGUCAUUAUAUGUGGGGAGACAGGUUGUGGUAAGACUACACAAGUCCCUCAGUUCCUUUACGAGGCUGGCUUUGGUUCAUCCCGGUCGUUGGUGAACAGUGGUAUGAUUGGUGUUACCCAGCCACGCCGUGUCGCAGUCCUUGCAACUGCGAAAAGGGUGGCAUUUGAGCUUGGUCUCCGUUUAGGUAAGGAGGUGGGUUUUCAAGUGCGGCAUGACAAGAGAAUUGGUGACAAUUGCUCCAUCAAGUUUAUGACUGAUGGGAUAUUGCUUCGAGAACUUCAGAAUGAUUUUUUAUUAAGGAGGUAUUCAGUCAUUAUCUUGGAUGAGGCUCAUGAAAGAAGUCUGAACACAGACAUACUUAUAGGAAUGCUUUCUCGUAUUAUACGGGAGCGUCAGAGAAUAUAUGAGGAGCAAAAAGAGCAGGAUCUCCUUUUUGGGAAAAAAACAAAGCCUGAAAAUAAAGUAUAUCCACUAAAACUUGUGCUGAUGAGUGCCACCUUGCGGGUUGAGGACUUUGUGUCUAAUAAAAAAAUAUUUUCGGAACCCCCACCUGUAAUUGAAGUUCCAGCUCGACAGUAUCCGGUGGAUAUACACUUCUCAAAGAGAACAGAAAUUGUGGAUUAUGUUGGCCAAGCCUAUAAAAAGGUCUUGGCCAUUCACAAGAAGCUUCCUCCAGGAGGUAUACUUGUUUUUGUGACUGGACAAAGGGAAGUAGAGUACUUGUGUCAAAAGCUUAGGAAAGCUUCUAGAGAAAUGGUCAAAAGUAAUUCAAGACGAAUUGAAAAUGCAGCUGCUAUGUUGGAAGGGAAUUUUGUUGAAGAUCAUGACAUGAAUGAAAUAAGUGAAGCAUUUGAGAUUGAAGGAGACUCAACCCUGCAGCAAACUGAUAGAUUUAGUUCCUAUGAUGAUGAUUAUGAUGAUUUAUCCGAGAAUGAGUCAGAUGCUUCUUUUGAUUCGGAUGAAGAUAGUGAUCUGGAGGUUUCUGGCAAGGGUGGGUAUUUGUUUAAUCAGAAGAGCCUGGAGUCUGAUGAUGUAUUGGGGGAGGAUGGAAACCUUGCUUCACUGAAGGCUGCUUUUGAUGCUUUGGCUGAGAAAAAUACAUUGGCGUCUAAUACUGAUGGAAAACUAGUUGCAACUGGUAAAGGUUCCGAUCAGGCUAAUUUGAGCUCAGGGGAGAACAAUGGGGAAUCAGAUGUCCCCCCUGCGAGCCCAAUGUGUGUUCUGCCCUUAUAUGCAAUGCUUCCUGCAUCUGCACAACUUAGAGUAUUUAAUGAGGUGAAGGAUGGAGAGCGCCUAGUAGUUGUUGCCACAAACGUUGCUGAGACCUCAUUAACUAUCCCAGGAAUUAAGUAUGUGGUAGACACUGGGAGAGAAAAGGUCAAGAUGUACAAUUCUGCAAAUGGGAUGGAAACAUAUGAAGUACAGUGGAUAAGCAAGGCAUCUGCUUCCCAACGUGCUGGAAGAGCUGGAAGAACCGGGCCUGGGCACUGUUAUCGCCUCUAUUCUUCUGGUGCCUUCAGUAAUAAAUUUUUUGAUUUCUCAGAUGCUGAAAUUUCAAAAAUACCUGUUGAUGGAGUUGUCCUUAUCAUGAAGUCUAUGGGUAUUGAUAAGGUUAAAAAUUUUCCAUUUCCCACCCCCCCUGAGGAUGAUGGUAUAGAUAAAGCGGAAAAAUGCUUAAAGUUUCUUGAAGCUCUUGAUGGUAAUAGCAGGCUGACCUCUCUUGGAAAAGCAAUGGCACACUAUCCUAUGAGUCCACGACAUUCGCGGAUGCUCUUAACUGUCAUUCAAAUACUUCUAAAGAGUAAAGGAUAUUCGCGGCCUAAUCUAGUUCUUAGCUAUGCUAUUGCAGCAGCUGCAGCUUUGAGCUUGUCUAAUCCUUUUAUUACACAAUUUGAAGGAAACCAUGAUGAGAAAGAUGAAACUGCGUCUAGUGAGAAGGUAUUAGACAAGGAAGAAAAACUGAGGAAAAAGAGACAAAAAGAAGCUUCUAGAGCAUCUCGUGCAAAAUUUUGUAACCCUACUAGCGACGCUUUGAGCAUAGCUUAUGCGUUGCAAUGCUUUGAACUUUCUGAUAACCCUAUAAACUUCUGUACUGAAUACGCUUUACAUAUCAAAACCAUGGAGGAAAUGUCCAAGCUUAGAAAGCAGUUACUUAAGCUAGUAUUUCAACAGAGUUUGUGUAAUUCUCAACAGGAUGUUUCCUGGACUCAUGGGAAAAUGAUAGACGUUGAAUCUUCUUGGAGGGACUUUUCUAAUAAUCAACAUUUGUCAUCUGCCGAGGAAGAACUACUGGGCCAAGCUAUCUGUGCUGGUUGGGUAGAUAGGGUUGCUAGAAAGACUAAAGCAUAUUCAGAUUUGUCAGACGGAGAUAAAACUUUUAAUUCAGUUCGUUACGAAGACUGCAUGAGGGAAGAAAUAUUUUUUCUCCAUCGUAGAUCAUCAGUAUCAAGGUCAGCCCCAGAAUAUCUGGUGUACAAUGAAUUAGUGCAUACAAAACGGCCUUACAUCUAUGGUGCAACAACUGUGAAACCAGACUGGCUUGUCAGGUAUGCGAGUUUUAAUUGCACAUUCUCUGCGCCACAUACGGAUCCCAGACCCUAUUAUGAACCGCUAAGCGACCAAGUUUUGUGUUGGAAGACUCCAUCUUUUGGCCCUCGUAUGUGGCAGCUCCCGCUCCAUCGUUUUCCUAUAGAAGAUAAUAUGCAACGGGUUACUGUGUUCGCUUCUUCCUUGAUUGGAGGUGCUGUUUUACCCUGUCUGAAAUCCUUCCAGAAAUUUUUAGCUGUUACACCUGCAACUAUUUUGAGGCCAGAAUCAUUAGGACAGAAACGAGUGGGGAAUCUACUCCACAAAUUACAGAGCAGAACAAAAAUAAUUGAUAGUUGUGCUAUGUUAAGAGAGUUGUGGAGUGAAAAUCCUGAAGAUUUAUAUCCUGAAAUUCUUGAUAUGUUCCAAGAGGGAUUCUAUAAUCAAUUUGAAGAGCUUUGGGUAGAGAUGCACCGUGAGGUUCUUUUAGAUCCACGACGACGCUUUGCCAAGAAAGGUAAAAAAGAACGCUCUGGAAAGAAAGAUACAUGUAGGGGAAAAAAAUCUGGUUAGAUAAAUGAAGUAUAUUUUCAUUCUUCUCGGUUGCAAUAAACUUUAUUGCUCAGUAUCAAAAGCUUCCUAAUAUUAUUUAAUUUUAUCAUCAUUAUUAUUUUUUAAAA